AUGCUCACAAAUCAGUACGAUGCUAAAGUUAAGAUAUUUCAAACUAAUGGAGGGGGUGAGUUUACUAGCACAUUGUUCACUGCCUUUCUUGAUUCUAAAGGCUUUAUUCAUCACUUGUCUUGCCCUCACACUGCUCAACAGAAUGGGCUGGCUAAAAGAAAGAAUCGCCAUGUUAUUGACACAGCCAUAACUCUUUUAUUUGCUGCUUCACUUCCUACAAAGUUUUGGGUUCAUUCUAUUGCUCAUGCUGUUUAUCUAAUAAAUAGAAUGCCGAAUGAGGUUUUGAAUCAUCAAUCUCCAUUCCUUAAGUUGUUUGGUCACACUACUACAAAAAAGGCAAAAGACGACGGGAAUUCACCGUCGUGUAUUCGGUUUUCAAACCGUCGUGAAAUCGACCAACAUCUAUUUGGGUGUCAAACUACGACGGCUUUUCACCGUCGUUGUUUAUCUGUAAUCAGUGGCGGAGGUAGGAUUCUUAGUAUGGAGGGGCCAAAAUUUCAAAAUCACUUAUACUAG